CAACACUGUAAACCGGCGCACAUUAAUAUUUCAAUAUUUUUUGUAUUGUUUAUGUAGAAUUGUAAACAUGAAAAUAAGUGUUGAUGGUUUAUUGGUAUAUUUUCCCUACGAGUACAUUUAUCCGGAGCAAUAUGCGUAUAUGCUUGAACUUAAACGCACAUUGGAUGCUAAAGGGCACUGCUUACUGGAGAUGCCUUCCGGUACGGGAAAGACGGCCACAUUAUUAUCACUUAUAGUGGCUUAUAUGAUAGAACAUCCUGAAGCUGUCCGUAAAUUAAUCUAUUGCUCGCGUACAGUCCCGGAAAUUGAAAAGGUCAUAGCAGAACUUCAAAAUCUCAUGGUGUACUACGAAAAAAAUGCUCCCCAACAGCCAGGAUUAACAGGUCUAGUGUUAAGUUCACGCAAGAAUAUGUGUAUACAUCCUGAUGUUAGUAAGGAGCGAGAAGGAAAGUCGGUUGAUGGUAAAUGCUAUGGUCUAACUGCCAGUUACGUUAGGGAAAGACACGAGCAUGAUGCGGAGACGCCGAUAUGUCAGUAUUUUGAAGGUUUUCAUCUUGAAGGCAAAGAAUCUACUUUACCAGUCGGUGUUUAUAGUAUAGACGACUUAAAAGACUAUGGACGUAUGCGUAAUUGGUGUCCUUAUUUCUUGGCCAGAUACGCGAUAUCUCAAGCCCAUAUAGUGGUAUACAGUUAUCACUAUUUACUAGAUCCAAAAAUAGCUGAAGUUGUCUCAAAGGAGAUGUGUCGUGAAUCAUGUAUUGUUUUCGAUGAAGCUCACAACAUUGAUAAUGUGUGCAUUGAUUCUAUGAGUGUUAAAAUAAAUCGCCGGACUGUUGAACGCAGCACAAAUGCUUUAAAUAAUCUACAGAAAUUAGUCCAGGAAAUACGCGACGAGGAUACAACCCGAUUAAAUGAAGAAUAUCAGCGUAUGGUGCAAGGCUUAAAGGAUGCGAGUGUUCAGAGAGAUACAGAUAUGAUAUUGGCCAAUCCCAUUUUACCAAGCGACGUUUUAAAAGAAGUUGUACCGGGAAAUAUACGAAACGCCGAUCACUUUCUAAGCUUCUUGCGUCGUUUUGUUGAAUAUAUAAAGACUCGAUUGAAAGUCCAUCAUGUAGUUCAAGAGUCGCCUGCUGGCUUUCUAAAGGAUGUUGCAUCAAAAAUUUGUAUAGAACGUAAGCCUUUACGUUUUUGUGCUGAACGUUUAGCCAGUUUAUUAAGAACUUUAGAAAUAACCGAUUUGACGGAAUACGGAGCCUUGACGUUGAUUACACAUUUUGCCACAUUAGUUAGCACAUAUACAAAAGGAUUCACUAUUAUUAUUGAACCAUUUGAUGAUAAAACUCCCACAGUCGCCAAUCCUAUUUUACAUUUUAGUUGUUUAGAUUCUUCCAUAGCAAUGGCCCCCGUUUUUCAGAGAUUUCAAUCAGUUGUUAUAACUUCUGGUACCUUAUCACCGAUGGAUAUGUAUCCAAAAAUUUUAGAUUUUGAUCCUGUGGUGAUGAGUUCAUUUACAAUGACUUUAGCUCGUCCUUGCUUACUGCCAAUGAUUGUUUCGAAAGGUAAUGACCAGGUUGCUAUAUCUUCAAAAUUCGAGACGCGUGAAGAUACUGCAGUUAUCAGAAAUUACGGGCAGCUAUUAGUGGAAACUGCAAAGACUGUACCUGAUGGUAUUGUUUGCUUCUUUACUUCGUACUUGUAUCUAGAGUCGGUAGUGGCUUCCUGGUAUGAUCAGGGUAUCGUAGACACCUUGUUACGAUAUAAGCUACUAUUUAUAGAGACCCAAGAUAAUGCAGAAACCAGUUAUGCCUUGAUGAACUACGUUAAGGCAUGUGAUUGUGGCAGAGGUGCUGUUUUGUUAGCCGUUGCUCGCGGCAAGGUUUCUGAAGGGGUGGAUUUCGAUCACCAUUAUGGUAGAGCUGUUCUAAUGUUUGGUAUUCCCUAUGUUUUUACACAGUCCCGAAUAUUGAAGGCUCGCCUGGACUACUUGCGUGAUCAAUUUCAGAUUCGAGAAAAUGAUUUCUUAACAUUUGAUGCCAUGCGUCAUGCAGCUCAAUGUGUUGGAAGAGCUUUAAGAGGUAAAACGGAUUAUGGCAUCAUGAUAUUCGCUGACAAACGAUUUGCGCGCCAGGACAAAAGAAGCCGUUUGCCGAAAUGGAUUCAAGAACAUUUAGUGGAUAGUUUUUGUAAUCUUAGUACAGAAGAAUCGAUGCAAUUAGCCCGGCGUUGGUUGAGACGUAUGGCUCAGCCAUUUACACGAGAAGAUCAAUUGGGAAUAUCUUUGCUUACUAAAGAACAGUUAGAAAAUAUGGCAAAAGAAAAAUUGGAACGGCAAGCCCAAGGCAAAGAGUCCGUUGGAGGUGAAGUUAUGGAAUUGUAAAAUCUGGGAAGUGUGUUUAAAUAAAAGUAUUUAUGUAUAAAAAUCUUUAA